CGUCAACAAGAUCCAUGCCACAACCAUAACCAUCGCGACAAAGAAAGGUGUCUUGUACUUUGGUUGUAGUUUAAAUACAACAAUGACUACACUUGAAACACCUCUUCGGCAUUGACUUGCAAAAGAGACUCGCAAAUUAGAAAAUAGAAAGUUGACACGAAAUUUGAGUUUGUCGAAGAGAAAAGUAUUAUUUUCAUGAAUGUCCGGCGUCAGUUCCGUAGAACCAGCACAAUUUCACAAUAAUCUUGGGCUGUGAUUUACGCUCUGAGUUUCGAAAUUUAAACCAGAUUACGAAAAUGGGAAAUAUAUUGUACAAAGCUGUCAGCGCGAGCGUAAGCUGGCUUUUUACGAAAAGUGAGAUUGAAUGUCGAAUCGAUCCAAAAACGAACGUUGUACAAUCAUCGAUCGGUUACCCAGGUUACCCAUCAACCAAUUCACGAUCACGAACCGGUCACUAUCGAUCGUCAAAAGACAAAUGUGUUACUCCAGUCAAAUGUGUCCGUCCUGUGGAACGUGUUGUUAAACAAACUCCCGAAUCUUACACUGAAUCGAAGGACAAAUACACUGCAUACCUUGAAUCAAAGGACAAAUACGCCGCAUACAUCGAAUCGAAGGACAAAUGCGCUGCAUACCGCGAUGUUACUCCAGUCGAAUGUAUCCGUACUGUGAAGCGUAGUGUUAAACAAACGCCUGAAUCUUACCUUGACAUGAUGCCAAUGAUGACCCAUCCAAUGCCUAACCGAAUUUUAGAGAUCGAACGCAAUGACAACAUCUCAUCGCAAUCCAUCGAAUGGAUAAAGUCGUGGCUCUUAAAAAAGACACAAUUCAGAGGUUCCGAAAGCAUUUACAUCGAGGCAUUCAGAAUGAUGAUAUUCUUCGAAGCGGCAGUUGAAGCAAUCGAAAUAGAAGCGCAUAAUUUUCCGGCCGUCCAACUACUUACUCUCGAUCACAACGAAUUCUAUUUCAAUAUUUCGACCGAUUUCGAUAAACUGACCGCUGCAAUCGACGAGAAUCAGUUGAGCCGUUUCACAUUGAAGUCAAGAAAAGCGCACGUUCCGUUGCAAGGAAGAAUAACGAGACGAGCGGAGAACAAGAUUUUCGUGAGAAUAUUCGCGCCACAGGAUUGGCGCUGUGGUGUGAAAUAUGACAUCCAUUUCGAGGUCAAUCAAUUAAAUUACCAGAUCCAGCACAGUGCGUUGGAUUUCAUCGAAAUGCACCGACUGUUUCCCAUUUUGAUCAACAAUCCGUUGUAUCAUCGUCAGAGUUCGGAUGCGUCAGUUAACCAGGGUACUGAUCGAUUCACACGAACUGACUUGAAUCCUGAGCAGAGACAAGCAAUCGAAUUCAUCAUUGGCGGAAGUUACAAUCCACUUCCUUAUUUGCUGUACGGACCGCCCGGGACCGGCAAAACAAAGACCAUUGUGGCUGCAAUCGAGACCAUCGUCCGGACGACGUCAAAGAAUAUUUUAGUUUGUUCCCAGUCGAAUGCGGCUUGCAAUGAAAUUACGGAACGUUUAACCGAAGUGUUGUCCGACACCGAAAUGCUACGCAUGUUUUCGGUGAACCAUGAUAAGAACGACAUCAGCUCCACGAUUGAGCCAUUUUGCAAUUUGUUCAACGGCAAGCUCAACUAUCCGGAACUGAGUUACCUGUACAAAUAUCGCGUACUAAUUUGUACCCUCUCCGUGUCGGGAUGUUUGGUCAGAGCUUACAAGUCGGAUCCGAAACACUUCAGCUACGUUUUCAUCGAUGAAUGUGCAAGCGCAUGCGAAACAAUGACUCUGGUCCCUAUUGCCGGCUUGUGCACAACCUUGAGUAAGGUUCAUGCGAAUAUUGUCCUGAUUGGAGACCCUAAGCAGCUGGACGCGGUUACCAGAUCGGAUUGGUCGACUCAGUUGGGAUUUAAAACGUCUUGGUUUGAGCGAUUGUUCGACAUGGCUCUGUACCAGCGACAUCCGGACAGUGGUCAAUUUAAUGCGAAUUAUAUCACCCAACUGACGCGGAAUUAUCGGUCGCAUGCGGCAAUAUUGAGAAUUCCAAAUGAAAUAUUCUACGACAAUUCGUUGGAAGCUGUUACUGAGCCACGUUCCAUCAAUCUGGACGUGCACGGACGGUUAAUUAAGAAGAAUUUUCCGAUAGUUUUCCAAUCCGUUCACGGAUACUGUAACAAGCCCGAAGACAGUACAAGUUCGUUUAACUCGGCUGAAGUGAACCAUGUGAUGGAAUAUGUCGAUAAGCUGAUGCAAUCAGCAACGCACACGUUAAAUGAAUGCGAUAUCGGAAUUGUGUCGCCAUACCGGCUUCAGUGCAACAUAAUUCGUAAACGAUGCCAACGGAAUGGCUACCGUCACAUCCUUAUUGGAUCGGCCGAACAGUUUCAAGGUCAAGAGCGAAAAGUGAUGAUCAUAUCAACCGUCCGGAGUGGCAGCGGAAAAUUGGGAGAUUUUGUGAAGAAUCCGCAGAGAUUCAACGUGAUGAUUACAAGAGCGAAGAGCCUCUUGAUUGUUGUCGGAAAUCCGGAUUUACUUUCGCAAGAUGAAAAUUGGUCGAAAUUCAUUAAGUUCUGUCUGCGGAGCGGGUGUUUCAUUCAAGACAAACAUAACUAUUUUCAACUAAGAAACAAUAACAGUCAAUAGCUCGGAGAACCGUCAGAGAAUCAACGAUGACGUGGGCGAUUUGCGCAAUUUUUUCUUUGUAUUUUAAACGUUCUUCAAUGUUCAUCGACUGAACUAGAAAAAAUUAAUUUGUAUUUAAACGAUUGUUGAACAACCUUUUCGAAUAAUUGACUGUUCAUACCAUAUUGCAAAUAAAUGCAAGCCAUGAAUGCUGUACGAAGCAUUUCCAUUAAAA